AUGGCAAACGACGACCUCGUGCACUGUGCAAACCUUCGCGAGGAGGAAUGGGCUGUUCUAUGCUCCGCCUUCCCCGAGUACACAGAGGCGUCCACGAGCGCUGUUUCAGCUCCUGGAGCUCUAAGACUGGAAAUACCAGUCGAAUUAAAUGAACAAGAAGUGGAGAUAGCCAGUGAUUUGCCCCUAGAUGUCGACAGUUUGCCUGAAUCUCCUGCCAGGCUGCGGAUUUCCAAUCUUCCACCGUUAAUUCUCGAACUCAUUUUUCCAUCGACCUAUCCACUUAGAGCGACGCCGCUUCUGGCGCGCUUACACACCGUCAACACCUGGCUGACAAGCACCGAGAUCGGGAGAAUACGACAAAGAUUGAUCGAUAUAUGGGAGGAAGACUUGCAUAUUGAGUCUGGUACACUAUGGAGGACAUGCGAGUGGAUUCGGUCGGCCGACUUCCUACAUGACCUCGGAUUGAUGGACGGCUCCGUACGACUACUACAUCCCAAGCCUCAUUUACUUGCACAGCGACUACAGGAGCAUGACGCCGCAGUCAAGUUUCGAGCAUUCUCUGACAGCAAAUUCGACUGCGCUAUCUGCCUAACCUCGCUAAAAGGUUCCAAGUGCAUCCAACUCAACUGCAAGCACGUCUUUUGCAGGCCGUGUCUCACCGAUUUUUGGUCCCUGCACAUCAAAGAAGGAGAUGUAGAUCGCGUAAUGUGCGCCGACGCCGAAUGCGUCAAAGCCAACCGACCAGUCACAGAAGAUGAAUUAUCUCGUGUAGUAUCCGAGGCGGAAACGCAGAGAUGGAAAGCGAUCAAACGAAAACGUGCGUUAGAGACCGACCCAGGCCUUGUCUACUGUCCCAUUGCCGUCUGCCAGGGCCCAUGCCCAUCUCCAAAUGCACAACGGCUAAAACAGUUUGAUCUGAGUAGCGUUGACGAUGUGACGCUCCGCCGCAAUCACCUCACAUUGCGCACCUGCGAGAACUGUGGAUUCGCAUUCUGUAUGCUUUGCAAACGCUCAUGGCAUGGUCUCGCCCCUUGCUCAUCGGAUAUCAAGGCAAAGUUUGUGCAAGAGUACAUGGAAUUGGAAGAUGGCUCUGAAGGCCGACUUGCAUUGGAGAGACGGUUUGGCAAGGCACAGCUAGUCAGGCUCGUUACCAAGUUUAAAGAGGAGAUGGAGACGGAGAAUUGGCUCAAGUCUUCAACUACCAAUUGCCCAAACUGUUCGACAUCGGUAGAAAAGUCGAUGGGAUGCAACCAUAUGACCUGCACACGGUGCUCUACCCAUUUUUGCUAUCUAUGUGGCCAAAAACUUCGCGCGGAGGAUCCGUAUUCACAUUUCAGCAACGACCCAAACUGCAAAGGGAGACUGUUUGAAGCAAAUGGAUGGGAAGAGGAAGACGACGAAGAUUUUGCAGCUGAUCCCUUCGAUUGA